AUGAACAAUGCUGCGUGCCAAGACGGGAAGCUGAGGCCGAUGACAAGGCCGAUGCCAGAUCGUCCGAGUCCAAGGCCAAGGGUACUGGUAGGUGCCCCCAAGUCCUAUUCUCAAUACCAGCCCACGAUCACGAGACCAGGGGCUAUCUUCAAGUGCAACAUCCCCCGGAUAGCAGGUCAAAGACCAGUAUGUGUAGAAGUCAAAUUAGAUGAUAGAGGAAACGAGAGAAGCGGCCCAAAUGUCCGUCCUUAUUUCAAAGAUGCCAAAGACAACCAGUGGUUGGGGGUCUCCCUCACCAGACAAAGAAAUAGAAGAACGGCCAAGGUCACGACGUGUGGACACAUGUGGUCAAACCAGUUCUACGCGGACACAAGGUUUUUGGUCAUCUUUCCCAACGGCGUUUGUUACGAGAUGGACGCCGAGCUCAACUUUCACAGCGUCAUGAAAAGACGGCCUUGCCUCGAACAGGUACAAAUAAAAGCGGAUACCUUAGGGAAAGGAAUAGCAUGGCAUGGUUGGUGCCAGGCUGGGUUCAGUGCUACAUACUCCAUGGAUGGCAGCACUCUCAUCUUAGGGGCCGUUGGAUCAUUAGCAUGGAGGGGAAGUGUUGUGUCAAUCUCAUCUGGUGCAACCACAGUGGCUGAUACUACAAACUGGUAUCCUCCCGAUGACAAGGAUGAAAGCUAUGUUGGUUAUGCAGUAAGUUCUGGCCAUUUUAUAUCAACCACGUCUAUGGAGGGAGUGACUGGAGCGCCGAGGGCAUAUGAAAAGGGGCAUGUUUAUAUCUAUAAUCUACAGAGUUUUGCCCUUAUUACCACCAUGAAAGGAGAAUCAAUGAACACCUAUUUUGGAGCUGCAGUAUUAGGAAUGGAUAUAAAUCAUGAUGGACUGACUGACCUUCUGGUUGGGGCACCACAGUUUUCACAGGAUCAAGAUGAAGGUCGAGUCUACAUCUUUGUCAAUGAUGGAAAUGCCAUUAUGAGGAAAAUGGAUGUCAAAUUAAUGGGCAGUAACUCUAUAGGGGCUCGCUUUGGAUCAGUCAUCGAAUCAGUUGGAGAUCUUAAUGCAGAUGGAUAUGAGGAUGUGGCCAUCGGCGCACCCUAUGAAGACAACAGCAGAGGUGCCGUCUACAUCUAUCUUGGUGGAGAGAACCACCUCAGAAAACCAUACAGCCAGAGGUUGGUUGCAGCGACCAACAUGGUAUCCUUUGGUAGUUCCAUCUCAGGUGGAAUGGACAUGGAUAAUAAUGGCUACCCAGACAUCGCUGUUGGUGCUUAUGAGAACGAUACUGCAGCCCUCUUCCUGAGUAAACCUGUUAUUGAGAUGGAAGCAUUCCUUACACUGACACCAACACUGAUCAACACAAACUAUGCAGAAUGUAUGCUGUAUGGAAGGCCUACUACAUGUCUUCAUCUCACAGCCUGUGUCAGAUACACCGGGGCAUCGGUCCCGUACAGGAUAGGUAUUGACCGUAUGCUGGAGGUGGACUAUUACAAGGUUGCUACUGGAUUCCCACCCAGGGUCGUCUUCUUUGAGAAUGGGGAGUCCAUGGGCUCAACCACCGUCCAGAAUAUUCAGCUCGUCAAAAACCAGCAGACCUGUCAUGAUAUUGUAGCCUAUUUCAAGAGAGACAUGAAAGAUUUCCUGAGUCCGGUUCCAUUCCGUCUCUCCCACGAGCUACGACUUUCUGGGAAUGCUCCUUAUAUAACAUUAUGUAACAGGCUUUGUCCUACAAUCAGCCCCUAUUCUGAUAACAAUAUAGUUCAAGAGGCAACCUUUAUGUCCAACUGUGGCAACGAUUCCAUUUGCAUAACAGACCUACAACUCAGUGCUAACACAAUCAUCCCCAGGGGCACCAAGUACCUCCCUCUAGGCUCAGCAGAUAAUAUCUAUGUGAUGGUAGACCUGAUGAAUCAAGGAGAGGAAGCUCACCAGGCCCAGGUUCUCAUUGAAUAUCCCGUCGGUAUCACCUUUGUCAGGGUCGAGAGUAACAGGCAACAAGAAACAAUUGUUCUUUGCUCACCGUUGACAACCAGCAAUGAAACCGCAUCUGUUCUGUGUGAUGUUGACAACCCUAUGAAAGCAAAUUCUAGAAGUAGCUUUAGAGUGAAGUUGUCAGUACCAACCGCUCAUGCCAACAGCCGAAGCAUCGAUAUUGUAGUAUCAGCAUCGACCUCUAGCACAGAAUACAAUCACACUCUAUAUAACAACAUACAGAGGAUCAGGGUUCCCAUCAGGAUAGAAGCAGAUAUCACUAUAUCAGGGGUAACAAGACCUAACAGUGUGCUGUAUGGCCUGCCGGAAUCAAGCAAGACAAACAGUCAAGAUUCCGCCAACAAUGAGUCCCAGAUGGAUGAUACCUUGCCCCUUAUACCAUCAGAGGUUAAUGAAGUUAAUCUGGACAAACACAUUGGACCUGCGUUCAAACACAUCUAUGAUGCUCGGAAUCUUGGCCCCAGCAACCUUCCCUUCAUGGCCUCAGUCAACAUCACAAUACCAUGGAAGACGAAAAAUGGAGAUAUGCUCAUAUAUUUCUCAAAAAUUGAUUUUAAAGGGACAGGUGUAUGCGAGACCCAAGCAAUCCUUGCUGAGCAAAGCAGACUCCUACAAAAAAUGCUAGCCAAGAGAAAUAGAACAAACCCACACGAAGAAUCACAUCAAAGUCUAGCAUCAACACUCUUUGGAACAAAUAAAAACCGACGGUUGAAUUGUAUGAAUAGCCAAUGUGCAGUGAUUGAUUGUCUUGUAGAUAAUUUAGAAUCCGGAGAUGGAGCAGUCAUUCAGCUUGAUAUGAGAAUAUUUGAAGACACAUUUUUAAAGGGAGAUUUUGGUAAAAUAGAACUUCAUGCCGAAGCUGUUAUAGGUGUGGAUGAUCCACUGAAAAGACAUAUACAACCGCAGUCUGGCAGGCCCGACAGUGUUAUGGUAAAAACAGUAAUAUUCACCGAGUCUUCCGUGAGGAAUAGACCAGUGCCUAAGUGGGUUAUAGCCGUGAGCAUAGCAGCUGGAAUUGUGUGUCUCAUAGCAGUUAUUCUUGUUAUGUGGAAAUGUGGUUUCUUCCGGAGGAGGAUGAAGGAGGAGAUGGAGAGAUUGAUUCAAGAAAAAGAAGAGCAAGAAUCACUCAAUCCUGAGGGUAUCCUCAACGAAGCAGAUUAUGAAGACGAUAAUUUCAGAUCAUACUAGGUUAUUUAUAAAAAUCAGUAAUUUUUGGAAAUUCCUGUGAGAGACUUUUAUGUUUUUUUCAGGGCAUAAAAUUGACUAAAACUUUUUUCCUGAUAAAAUUAUUUAAAAAGAGUUUAUUAAAGGAUUUUUUUUUAAUAAAUCUUCAUAACUUCAAUUAAGGUAUUGACAAGGCCAGCCUUUAUAUUUUGAGAUACAGUGAUAAUUCAAUAGGUUGAUAUCUUUUGAACUAUAAAAAUCACCAUUUUAUGUCAUUUUAAAGAGGGACUGUAAUACUUGCCCAGACUUAUGGUCAUAUUUAGAAAUUUUAGCACAAUUUUGCUAAAUUUUCAUCAAAAGAAGGUAUUUAAGCUGUCACCUGAAUUUUAGCUGCAUUGUUCAAAGGAAACUACUCCAUUUUAGCUGUGGCUUUGAUGUGGUUGCUCGAAAAGACUCUUAUUAAUCUUUCUGAAGUAGUUCUACAAUGAACUGAAUUUAGCGAUUAGAUUCAGUACAAGUGUGUUUGUGCUUGCGCAGGUAUGUUCAUAAAAGAUUGAUUGCAAAAUUCAGUAGUAAAAAGUUCAGUAAUCAGUCAUGUAGCAAUGUCGGAGUCAAAAUAGUGACAUUUCAGAUAUUAAUGUGGCUGAAAUUCAGGUGAUACACUUUUGACUAAAAUAAGGUAAUGAUUUGUUUGAUAUUUAAUACUGAAAAAUUGACAUUUCAUCUGGAUACAAUAAUUGUCAAUAGUAUGAAGGUAUCCUUUGAAUUAAAAUAUUUAUCAUAUUCUGUCAGGAAUAUUGUAAUUUCAGAAUUUGUUUGAUCAAGGUUUCUUUGUAUGACAUCUUAACUAUAUGGAUGUAAAAAUAAAAAGAACCUAAUAUAUGCAUUCCAUGAAUUGUAUUAAUGUUAAAGUCUGUAUUUUAAAAAAUACUCCAUCAUUAUACAGGGCUAAUUUGAAAUUUUUAUUUUUAAAAUAUGUGUUGUUUUUUUCUUUCAUGUUUCUUAACAGUUGACAAUCAUUUACAUUGCAGGAAAAAAAAAUUAAUCAACCAAUUAUAUUCCUUAAGUUGAUUUAGAAUAAACUUGUAAACUUUCUCUUUUUUAAUUUAGCAAUUUUCUUGUACAGAACACUCAAACAGUAUUUUGUUUUAUACGUCAUCAAAACAGCAUUUUGGGCAAGGGGCAUAAUGAGUGUGUUAUGCCUUGGUUUUGCUUUGUUGUAUCAAUAUUGUGAGAUUUAUCAUUUGCUUGGAGCUAUUGAAGGUGCACAUUUUUAUUUUUCAAAAACAAAUCAAAAUCCUUUUGCUCCAAUUAGAUGAUAUGACAUGUCAUUCCAUUUAUUAAUUUAAAAUAUGCAGUUAAAACUUUCCUUGCCCUUUUACUGGACAUAUAUAUAUUUUGUCUCAUUAUAAAAUCUAGUAAUUAAUUACCAGGAGCAGCACUCUCUACUAUUGAACACAAUAGUAUUUCUAUUUAGAAGAACAUGAGAGGUUAUAUUUAAUCAUAUUUCACAGGGUCGUUACCAUUUGAGUGUCAUUGAGCUUGCCAGUUUGUACAGAUCCAUGCAUAUGCUAAGAAGUUAUUUUUAUGAAGUAUUUAUAUAGUGGAUUAAACAAAAAUGACCAUUAACCACUUUUGUCUGAUGUAUUUAUGGGGAAAUAAUUUGGUCAUUUUUUAUAUUAUUAUUUUUGUAUACAUGGCCCCCUGUAAGACAUUAGCCUGAUUACUCAUGAUAAAGUUAUUCAUAAUUUACCUGUGGUUUUACACACAACUAAUAAUCCUUUCUUGUCUUAAAUGAGAUUUUUAAAAUGUUUCUGUCUUUAUAAAAUGGGAUGAGCUUUCUAGCAUUCUCAAAUAAAAAUCUUUGCAUUCAACUGUCUGUUAACAAUAAAGGAUCAGAUUUCAAAUCAUUAAAAAUCCAAUCUAGCACGAAAAUGGGUCACCUGUUGUAGUAAAAUUGUUUGUAACUUAAGAAAAGAUUGAUGCAGAAAGAGUUUUUAUAAAUAGCACAUUUCCAAUAAGUAAACACAUCUUCAUUUUUACCCAUACCAUUAGAAUCAUGUAUUUGUGAAUUGCUCAUUUCAUUUUCUUUUAAGUUAAUUUCAAUACAACAAUGUUUGUAACCUUUUCUUCAUGUUCAUGACUUUUCAUUGGUGACAAGCACAAGGAAUGCUUCACCAGUUGGCAAAUGUAGACACUCAAAUGAAUUGUUUUGUAUGAUAAAAGAAAGCUCUUUAUUUUUAUACCUUUCAUAACAUUUCUAGUAUUAUGGUUAAAAUUGUUGACUCUCAAUAGUGGUUUCAUUCAAUCUGUCAUUAAUGGACAUUAUUUGUUGUAUCUUUAAAUCUUUGUAACUUAUCUUAGAGUAAUGCUAUAGAUAAUGUGUAUUGAAUGUUUAUAAUGAAAUAUGUAUAGGCAUUCUGAAAAUUAACUAUGUAUAUCAAAUCUUUGUACAUUGCGAAAGUAUGAUAUUUAUGAAAUCAAAGACUGAAUAAUAUGAUGUAGCAACUAACUCAUCACGGUUCACCCACAAGACUGAAUAUACAUCGUGGUUGCAACUUAAAAGUGUCAAAAUUGAUAUAUUAAUCAGUGUACAUUCUAAGGCAGCUUUAAUUUGUACAUUUGACAUUAUAUUCAUGGUGCUAUCUAAAUAAAUAUGGGUAUCUUCAAAUACUUUGAUUACCAUGAAGCAGCGUUGCCAACUUGUGGAAUAUGAAAUAAGUAAUCACAAGGCUCAAAGUCAGGAAUCUGGGUUAAUUUCCAUACCAAUAACAGAAAAUAUGUACUAGCUAUUUUGAAUAAUAUGCAUGCACUUGAAGUUCUAUAAAUUUAUCAAUAAUGAUCUACUAAUUCAGGGUCCAUGCUGAUUUUAUGAUGGCAAAGACUCAUUUUCUAUUAAAACAGAAAAUACAUUUCUUUGAUUAUUCUAGAAGUAUAAUCUAGAAGGCAGUUAUGAAUGGAAUAAUAUUAUGUUAUUAUAAUGCAUACAUUUUAGACAAAUGUUGAAAAGGAUGACAAAAAAGUUCCUUUUCCCUAAUGUAGGGGGCAAUGAUUGUUAAUGACAAUAUUUACAUGUAUCCAUCAGGCAUGGAAUUUUGGAGGAAAAAAAGUAAAUGUGAACAUAAAAUCAGUUAUACAUUUUGUAAAUGUAUUAUUGAUAAAUUUGAAAAGAGGGGCAUAUUUUGAGGGAGUGUAUUUCAAAGGGGGCAUUUGCCCCCUCCUAGUGUAAAAGUAAAAUGUAGAAAUGAGAAUCUAUAGAUGGUAAUGUCAAUGAAACAUUGCAUCCCCCCCGAACCAUUGUAUAACUUGAUUUUCCAAUCCCUUAUGCAGUGCACUAGUGUCUAUGAAGAAAGACAUCACUUUGUGUUGCAUAUACAAUGUAUGCCCAAUGUUGAAUUGAUGUGCAAUUGUACAGGCUCUGAAAUGUAUAGGCAAAUUUUCUUUACUUUGCCAGGUACAUGUACUUCUAAAUGAAGAAAAUAAAUAGACGAAUAAGUGAAUGAAUGCAUAAAUUAAUGAUAUCCACCUUGUUAGGUGCUCCUGUAAUACCUCGGCUAAGCUGAAUUAAUUAAAUAUCUUGAUUAACAAUUGAAUUGAAUGAUUAAUUGGUUGAUAAUAAAUAUAUAAUUAAGAAGAUUUGAAUGUUAGUUGAUGCAGAAGUACACAUUGAAAUUCUGUUGUCAUUUAUUGGAGUGAUUGAUGCAAGGGUGAAGACCAAUUCCUUGUUUGUAUGGUUCGAAAAAAUGGUUAGCAACAUUUUUCAUAUUGUUCAGACACAGACAAAACAACCAGCAUAUGCUUCAACCGCCUCCAAAUGUCCAAAGUUUGUGCGAACUUAUGACAUCAUAAUGAUUUCAUUUUUACAUUACAAGACAUUUUGGAUUGGAGUUUCAUCAUUUUGUUCCUAGAAUCUAUAUUUUAACUUUUUAGUAGAAUUUGAUACUCCCCAUUUUAGUGUGACCUAGUUUGCACAAAAGAAAUGUUUCUUGCCUCUGCAAUUUAUUGUUUAUGACUUGUAUAUUACCUUGCAUUGGCUUUGUACACAAAAAUAUUACUUAGAUGUCUAUCCAUGUCUGUAAGAGUCUCUCGUUUAAGAGUUCAUGAGGCUUGACAAUGUGUAUUUAUAAAGAAUAUUGCAGAACCUUCGGAGAUACCAUAGAUGUUGUAUGUGAGAUUGUUAUUAGUGGCCCUUUUUUAGAGUUAUGUUCCUAUGCAUUGUACCGCUAUGUUUUAUGUCGAUGAGUGUAUAAAUAUUGAUGAUGUUGCACAGUUUAUGAUGUGAUAAGGCAAUGUGUAUAGUAAGAGAAAGUAAAUAGAUCUCAUAUUUGUUAUCGUUAUUGUAUAAUAUGUACAUACUUUAGCGAUUGUAUAACGACCAAAUAAAUAUGUUCUUCUCGUAA